AUGGACAUGAUCAGUCAAUUGUCAGAUGACUUGCUCAUCCGAAUACUGUCACGUGUCCCGACGAAACAUGUCAUGGCCACAUGUUGUUUGUCGAAAAGAUGGCUGCGUCUUUGGAGUUUAGUUCCAAAGCUUGAUUAUGCCGAUUGCAGCUACAGUAAUGAAAACUAUGCGACCUUCACGCAGUUUGUUUACAGGUCAUUGAUGUCAAAUAAGGCACCGGUUCUAGAGACCUUGGAUCUCAAUCUAGGUUCCAAGUGUCAAGCAAUAGAUGUUGGUAAUUGGAUUGAAACCGCAGUUGUUUGUCACCGUGUGCAAGCGAUUAUAGCUAUCAUCCAUCCUUCUAAUGAGAGAGGGACCAUGAUCAGCUUGCCGAGUAGCAUGUAUACAUGUGAAACACUAGAAACCUUGGAACUCUAUGAUUGCUUUCGUUUGGAUGUUCCUUUUUCUGUUCGACUCCCGUCUCUGAAAACUUUGAAACUUGUAGAUGUGGAUUACGCAGACAACAAGGUGUCGUCUCUUACAAGGCUUUUAUCCGGUUGUCCUAAUCUUGACUUUCUCCUUGUGCACCAUGAUAACCUGGACGUGGCUCUCAUGGUGCCUCCUUCUCUAGGGAAAUUGAUCAUGUAUAAUAACGGAAGAAACCAAAAGGGUAGCGGGUUUGUUAUAGAUGCUCCGUCUCUCGUGUGGCUUUACGUUCGAGAUGAUGUCCUUUACGACUUCCAUCAAAUUGAGCAUAUGCCUAACUUAGAAGUUGCACAUGUUGAAAUGACUUUUGCAGUACGUAACCACAAGUUUCUGAAAGCUUUUACUUGUGCCCGCUCGCUUACCCUAUGUUUAUCCUUUUUAGAGGUUCUGUCUCCUUGUGGCAUGAUCUUCCACAAUCUCGUUGAUCUGACACUGAAUACAUGUGCUCAAGGUUGGUGGGAUCUUGUCACUCGUAUGCUCCAAGAUUCUCCCAAGCUAAGAUCGCUCAAACUCACUGAUGAACAUCAGCUUGAAUUUACUAGUAUAGAAACCCCGGAGAGCUGGAAGCGACCGAGUUCUGUUCCCGAGUGUUUCCUGCACAGUUUUGAAAUUUUCGAGUGGAAAGGCAACCAGCUUCUGCUUUUACACCGUUUUGAUACAAACAUAAGUUCUUUAAAAGCCACAACAAUGGAGACUGGUAAUCUGAACACCCUGGAGGGAACCCGACUAGCGCCUACGUACACCUCCGCAGAAGGCAUCCUGGAGAGCUGCCUUUAUCACCCUAUUUUAAUCGACGGUGGCCAGCAGAAUUCGAACCCGGGUCCGUAUUGGGGCCAAAGCUCCCUCAAGACCACCGGACCGUCCACACUUGGUUGA